UAGUCUCCAUCCAAAAAAACUGAUCACAGGAAUGAGUAUAGAAAUCCCUGAAGGACUGACGGAGCUGCUACAGAGCUUUACAGUGGAAGUGUUGAGGAACCAGCCCAGGGAUUUGCUCGAGUUCGCGUUACAGUACUUCACCCAGCUGAAGGACAGUGAGACCAAAGAGGCCUCGUUCGGUAAUGGCCAGAACUCGGCGCCCAGAGGCGGAAAAGCCGUCAAUUUUCUCGACGAAGCCAUGCAGAUCGACUCUGAAAACGGAGAGGAGGACGACGACGACGACGAUGACUUCGUAGCCCCCAUAAUAAACAGAUUCAUCAGAAGAGCAUCAGUUUGUGCUGAAGCCUUCAAUCCUGAUGAAGAUGAUGAAGAUAAAGAGCCCAGGGUCACUCACCCAAAAACAGAUGAGCAGAGACAGCGACUACAGGAAGCAUGCAGGGACAUUCUUCUCUUCAAGAAUUUGGACCCAGAGCAGAUGUCUAAGGUGCUGGAUGCCAUGUUUGAGAAGUUCUGCACAGAAGGGGAGCACAUCAUCGAACAAAAUGAUGAUGGGGACAACUUCUAUGUUAUUGAAAAUGGGACAUUUAACAUUUUGGUGAGAGUUGAUGGCGUAGAGAAAAUGGUAGGCUCCUAUGACAACCGAGGGAGCUUCGGAGAAUUGGCGUUGAUGUACAACACUCCAAGGGCAGCAACGAUAGUCGCCACAUCGCCUGGAGCACUUUGGUGCUUAGUGAGAUCGUCUGACAUCAGGAGGAUCAUAGUCAAAAACAAUGCCAAGAAAAGGAAGCUGUAUGAAGCGUUCAUUGAGACUCUUCCGCUCCUUACGUCAUUAGAGCUUUCAGAGAGAAUGAAGGUAGUCGAUGUGCUGUCCACCAAGACGUACAAUGACUCACAGCAGAUUAUUGCUCAGGGUGAUUUAGCAGAUUGCUUCUAUAUCGUUGAGUCCGGCCAGGUUAGAAUCACCAUGAGAAGAAGCAGGACGAAAAAAGACCAAGACGAGGAGGAGGUGGAGAUAGCCACAUGCUCUAGGGGCCAGUAUUUUGGGGAAUUGGCGCUUGUCACAAACAAGCCCAGAGCUGCGUCAGCGUAUGCUGUGGGAAGCGUUAAAUGCUUGGUCAUGGAUGUCAAGGCAUUUGAGAGGCUUCUGGGCCCGUGCAUGGACAUCAUGAAGAGGAAUAUCGCUAACUACGAGGAGCAGCUGGUGGCCCUGUUCGGCAGUAGCACUGACAUUGAGCAACAAAGUGCAUGAGACGGCACUAAUCAACCCUGAACUGAUGAAUGAAAAGUAUGGACCCACCCCACCCCAACUGGCACCACAACCACUUAAACACUUUUCUUAUGAACAGCGUGAAUAUCCACAACAACAUUUUGUGUAUCUCUCAGAUGAAAUAAAUGCGAAGCAGAUUAUAUCCCUUUAUCACACAAACAGUUCACCUUUUGCCACAAUUGAAAGUAAAGCCAAAUCAGUGUUGCUUAAAACUGAUUAAUUUUUCACAGCUCUCACCUUAAGAAACAUUGCGUGUACAUUUUACCUGUGCAAUGUCGAUGAGUUAAUUGUUUGUAUAUUGAGCACUUUUUUAUUUUUAAAGAAACACUCCUUAUUGUUCUCCAGUAUUAUAGUUACAACACCCACCCCAUCUUAUCUUUUGUAAUUUCUAACAUUUUUCUUAAUAUUACAUGCCAAAGGUCAUUUAUUAUGUCCAGUGGUGGGCGCAGCUAAUGUCAAAGUUUGCUUUGAUAACCAUUAAUUGGCAAACUGAAAAGUUAACUGUGACAAAGCUAAACCGAUCAACUGU